CACUUGCAGAAGCAGGACAGCGCGUACAGCCUGGAGUCGUGUGUCUACUACUGCACGCUGUGCGACUACUCCACCAAGGCCCGCCUCAACCUGGUGCAGCACGCCCGCUCCGCUCGCCACCAGCAGAACGAGGGGCUGAGGAAGCUGCAGCUGCACCAGCAGGGCCUGGGAGGGGACGAGGAGGGACUGAGCUUCCACGAGCUGUUCCACGUCAAGGAGAGCCCCUCCAGCCAAGAAGACACUGCUGAGGAUGGUGAGAGACCCCCUCGCUCUUCCUCCGGGCCUGGACUCAACCUCACUGACCGAGACUCGACUGACAGCAGGAGAACUGACCGAAUGAAUGCCACAUCCAAAGAGGUUACCGGACCGAAUGCUAUGGCGAAACAUUCCCUCCUGCCAGAUCGGCAAAACGAAAGCCCGCCCAAAAGGCCAAAGUCUGCUGAGGGGAAGACCUCUGCAAAUGAGCAGGUUCAGCAGUGUCCAUAUUGCAACUACAGCAGUAAAGAUGCCAACCGUAUGCAGCUCCAUGUGAUGUCCCAGCAUUCCAUGCAGCCAGUGAUUCGCUGCCCACUGUGCCAGGAUGUCCUGAGCAACAAGAUUCACCUGCAGCUGCAUCUCACCCACCUCCACAGUGUGGCCCCUGACUGCGUGGAAAAGCUGAUUAUGAAUGUUGUUGGACCUGACACAGCAACACCAAAUAAUACAAUGCAUCCCCAAACUGGACAAGACAAAGUUCUGUCUUCAAUGGAUUCCUCUACCUCUCUUACUGAUGGGCCAGGGAAGUCUCAAGGAAACAUCUCAAAGGAUGAGCUGAACAACCAAGACAAAAAUGAAUUGGAUCUGCAGGCUGAGGAACUUAAGCCCCCAAAGGAAGCCUCAGAGGCCCCAGGCUGGAAGAGAGCUAGCGGAUUAGGACAUGAUAGCAAGUCCCCUGAUACCCUACAGGACCAUCUCAGUGAGCUCCAGAGGCUCCAGCAGCAACAACAGCAGCUCUCAGUAUCUGAGCGUCAUGUCUACAAAUAUCGUUGCAACCACUGCAGCCUAGCCUUUAAGACAAUGCAGAAGCUUCAGAUACAUUCCCAAUACCAUGCCAUUAGAGCAGCCACUAUGUGCAGCCUUUGCCAGCGCAGCUUCAGGACAUUCCUGGCGCUCAAGAAGCAUUUGGAGACCGGGCACCCUGAACUAAGUGAAGCUGAGGUGCAGCAACUCAUAGGAAAUCUGCCACUGAACGGAGAUAUCACUGAGAGCGAAGCCAGGGCCUUGGAGGAAGCUCAGGCCUUUGAGCAUGACUUAGACAAAGAUGAGGAAAUGGAUCAGGAAGAAAAGCCUAGUCCUACUGAAAGUGAUAGUGGAUCUCUGCUUGAUGAGAUGGGAUCAGAACCAAAAAGGACCCUACCAUUUAGGAAAGGGCCCAACUUUACGAUGGAGAAAUUCUUGGACCCUUCACGGCCUUACAAGUGCACAGUAUGUAAGGAGUCCUUCACCCAAAAGAACAUCCUACUUGUCCACUAUAAUUCAGUGUCCCACCUGCAUAAGUUGAAGAAGGUUCUUCAAGAGGCGUCAAGCCCAGUCCCACAAGAGACGAGCAACAGCAUUGACAACAAACCAUUCAAAUGCAAUACAUGCAAUGUUGCCUACAGCCAAAGCUCAACUCUUGAAAUUCAUAUGAGGUCAGUGCUCCACCAGACCAAAGCCAGAACAGCCAAAACCGAAAUGAGCAGCAGUAGCAGUAUCACUGGCACCAGUGGCCCAGUGACUGCAAAAAGCCCAUCCCCAAGCGUGCAAGCGAACAGCAGCCACGCAGACACUGCUCGAAGUGGAACACCGUCUGCUAACAAAGAAAACACUGUGGAACCCAAAGAAACUAACAGCAGCAACAACUCAAAGCAACUCAUGACUACUGACCAUCUUUCAGCACAGGCAGCCAGCCACCAGUCAGCGCAGUCUGCAGCCCAAUUGCAAAUGCAGCUUCAACAUGAGCUCCAGCAACAGGCUGCCUUCUUCCAGCCUCAGUUCCUGAAUCCAGCUUUCUUCCCCCAUUUCCCAAUGACCCCAGAAGCACUUCUGCAAUUUCAACAGCCACAGUUCCUCUUUCCCUUCUACAUCCCAGGAGCAGAGUUCAACCUAAGCCCAGAACUUGCAAUGCACUCAGCAGCAGCUUUUGGAAUGCCUGGUCUUACUGGAUCAUUCCUAGAAGACUUGAAACAGCAGAUGCAGCAGCAACACCAGCUGCAGCAUGCUCAGGCCCAGCAGCAGGCUCAGCAGCAGCAGCAGCAGCAGCAGCAAGCCUCUCAGAACCAAAUGCAAAUGCAGCAACAGAAAAUCCAGCAAUUGCAGAACCACAAAUCCAAAAUGGAGUCCCAGCUGUUUGUCUGAAAUUCAGAUGUCAAAGAUGCAGAGGACCAACUCGGAAAGAAAGAAAAUCGAGCAAAGAUGGAAAAUGCAGCCGAGGCAUUCGGUGAUGGAGGAAAAGACGGCAAAGACCCUCGGAAAUCCAAAUUCUCUGAGCCAUCGAUUCCUCCUCCACGCAUUGUGUCAGGAGCAAGGGGCAAUGCAGCCAAAGCACUACUGGAGAACUUUGGAUUUGUACUGGUCAUCCAGUACAAUGAAAACAGACAAAAAAAACCAAAAGAAGACAAAGAGGGAGUUGAACAAGUGCAAAUGAACGAUAAGCUUGAGUGUGGAAUGUGCGGGAAACUCUUCUCCAAUAUGCUUAUUCUCAAAAGCCAUCAGGAACAUGUGCACAGUCAAUUCUUCCCAUAUGUGGAGCUAGAGAAGUUUGCCCAGCAGUACAGAGAGGCUUAUGACAAACUCUAUCCAAUAAACCCUGCUUCACCUGAAACUCCACCACCAGCGCUACCACCCCCUCCCCCUCCCCCACCUACUACUCCAGCCCCGGUGACUGCUCCUCAACCUCCCUCUACAUCAAUGACCAAGCCCCAAACCCGAGUACCUUCACCAGUUUCUGCCCCCAAUACAGCCCAAAACCAACCAUCUCACCAGGCACCACCAGCCCAGCCACAGCCCCCUCCUCAACAACCUACUGCCCCUCCACCACCACCUUCUCAAAUGCAGCUCCCUGUUCCCAUGGAUAUGCCUCUAUUUUCACCUAUGAUGAUGCAGUCUAUGCAGCACCCAGGCCUGUCACAUCAGCUAGCCCUCCAGCUGCCUGGUAUGGAGUCCCUUUCCUCUUCAGACCUUUCACAGCUCUGCCAGCAACAAUUAGGUCUUGAUCCAAACUUUCUCCGCCAGUCCCAGUUUAAAAGACCACGCACCCGUAUCACAGAUGACCAGCUGAAGAUCCUCCGUGCGAACUUUGACAUUAACAAUUCUCCCAAUGAAGAUCAAAUUCAGGACAUGUCAGAGAAGUCUGGCUUGCCACAAAAAGUCAUAAAGCACUGGUUCCGUAACACUCUCUUCAAAGAGAGACAGCGGAGUAAGGACUCUCCCUACAAUUUUAGUAUUCCUCCAAUUACUACAUUGGAAGAUAUUCGAAUUGAACCAGCGCUCAGUGCGCAUGAAUACUACAGAACUGAAUCCGCCUUCAACAAGAGGUCCUCUAGAACCAGAUUCACUGAUUUCCAGCUGAGGGUACUUCAAGAUUUCUUUGACACUAAUGCCUAUCCAAAGGACGAUGAGAUUGAGCAACUUUCCACUGUGCUCAAUCUACCAUCCCGGGUCAUUGUGGUGUGGUUCCAAAAUGCCCGUCAGAAAGCCCGCAAGAGCUAUGAAAAUCAGGCAGAUUCUAAAGAUAAUGAGAAAAAAGAGCUGACAAAUGAGCGAUACAUCAGAACCACUAACAUGCAGUACCAGUGUAAAAAAUGCAACAUUGUGUUCCCACGCAUUUUUGACCUUAUUACUCAUCAGAAAAAGCUAUGUUACAAGGAUGAGGAUGAGGAGGGGAAUGAGGAGAGCACGUGUGAGGAAUAUUACAGUAUUGACCCAGUUCCAGCUAGGACCCCAACACCUUUUGAGCCUCCCAAACAGUCUCACGGAACUGCCAGCAGUUCUGGUUCAAGCUCCCCUGUGAUGGCCUCUCCUCAUGCCAGUAUGGGGAAAAUCCCAAAGCCAGAAAUUGCCCCUGAAACUGAAACUAAACCAACUGAGACUGCCCCCUCCCCUGUGGUGAAGUCACUACCAGAACCCCGACCAUCAAAGGCUAGCACACCUCAGCCACCUCCACAGAAAGCUCCCCAGCAACAAAUGUCAAGACCCCAUUCCCAGCCACAGGCAGCUGCUGUGCCCUCAAGUCCACUCUCACUGGCCCUUUCCUCUCUUACAAACAGCCUGCCCCAUCAGAUGCUUCAGUACCAGUGUGACCAGUGUAAGAUUGCAUUCCCCACUAUGGAGCUCUGGCAGGAGCAUCAGCACAUGCAUUUCUUGGCUGCCCAAAACCAAUUCCUUCACUCUCAGUUUCUUGAAAGACCUAUGGACAUGCCCUAUAUGAUAUUUGACCCAAACAACCCUCUAAUGGCUAGCCAGCUGUUAUCCGGAGGCCUCCCUCAAAUCCCAUCUCAGGGAAGCUCUGGUUUGGGCUCUGCUGCAGGCUCUGGGUCAAUGAAGAGAAAACUUGAUGACAAGGACGAAAGUGCUAUCGAUAAAGAUUGUGGAAUGAGUAGUGAAGAACAACACAGAGAUAAACGUUUGAGAACCACCAUCACGCCUGAACAACUGGAGGUUCUCUAUGAAAAAUACCUACUUGACUCUAACCCAACAAGGAAGAUGUUGGACCACAUUGCACGUGAGGUUGGCUUGAAGAAGAGAGUAGUGCAAGUUUGGUUCCAGAACACCCGUGCAAGGGAGAGAAAAGGGCAGUUCAGGGCUAUAGGUCCCUCCCAGUCCCACAAGAAAUGUCCUUUUUGCAGAGCACUGUUCAAGGCCAAAUCUGCUCUAGAUAGCCACAUAAGAUCUAGACACUGGCAUGACGCUAAGCAAGCAGGCUUUAGCUUGCCAGCGAGCCCUAUGAUGAAUCAAGACAAUGAAAGAGGUGAAAGCCCAAAUAAGUAUAACUUCUUUGACUACCCACAGCUGCCUACCAAGACUGAGCCAAAUGAGUAUGAGCUGCCUGCUGCAUCCUCAACUCCAGUCAAACCAUCUGAGGCUCAGUUAAAAAACUUCUUGAGCCCUUCAUCCUUAAAAGCUGAAAACUGUGAUGAAAUUGAAGGGCCUAAUAAUAAUUCAGCCGAAGCCUCAUCUUAUGAUUUUAGUAGGAUGGACUUUGACGAGACAUCAUCUAUUAAUACAGCCAUUAGCGAUGCUACAACUGGAGAUGAGGGUAAUAACAAUGAGGUUGAGAGCCUCACAACCAAUGGAGGAGACAAGCUGAGUGACAACAAGAGUGGCAUUGCAUCAAGUUCUGAUGGCGGCAACGACAGAUACCAAUACAGCAUGGUGAGCCCUGCCCUCAGCUUCCCCGGAAGGGACUGUGACUCUUACUACAGCUACAGAGACGAUGAAAUGGAUGACUUCAAUGACAGAAGUGAAUCUUCAAGCCUUGCUGAUCCCAGUUCUCCUAGUCCCUUUGGGACAAACAACCCCUUCAAGUCGGGGAAAGGCAGCAAUUCUGGGGAUAGGCCAGGCCACAAACGAUUCAGGACGCAGAUGAGUAACCUGCAACUGAAAGUCCUCAAAGCCUGUUUUAGUGACUACCGCACUCCAACAAUGCAAGAGUGUGAGAUGCUCGGCAAUGAGAUUGGACUCCCCAAGCGUGUGGUCCAGGUCUGGUUCCAGAAUGCCCGUGCUAAAGAAAAGAAAUUCAAGAUUAACAUUGGAAAGCCAUUUAUGAUAAGUCAAGGCUCACCAGAAGGGCCCCGGCCUGAGUGUACUCUGUGUUGUAUAAAGUACACAGCCCGGAUGUCCGUCCGAGACCACAUCUUUCCAAACAGCAUAUCGGCCAAAGUGCAAGAAAUCCUGGUAAACCAGGUCGAUAGAGAAAAGGACUACCUAGCACCGACCACUGUCCGUCAACUGAUGGCCCAGCAAGAGCUUGACCGCAUGAUGAAAGUUGGUGAGGGACUCAUCCUGCCUGGCCAGCAGCACAGGACUGCAGUGGACAACAAUAAUGCACUUCAUGGCCUCAGCCUACCCUCAGGCUACCCAGGGUUAUCUGGCCUUCCGCCAGUGCUACUUCCCGGGGUCAAUGGGCCAUCAUCACUUCCUGUUUUCCCACCCAACACACCCGCUUUAGCGUCUCCCGGUGCUGGCAUGCUUGGGUUCCCUACACCAGCCACCCCCUCUCCUGCCAUGUCUCUCAGCACUACCCCAACCAAGACUCUUCUGCAGACUCCUCCUCCUCCUCCUCCCACCUCCUCUUCCUUCCCUGUUCCCUCCACACCUUUGGCAGCAGUAAAUCAUACAGAGCAGCAAGGUAAAGACACAGAGAGAGACAGCAGCAAGAAAUCUGGAGACAGGCCAGCGCAGAUGAAGGCGAAGGACAGAGAGAACGAGAGCGGCCUACGCCCUGCGACCCCCAGCAUGGCCAAGAAAAGGGAGAAACAUGGUCCAGCUCAAGGGAAAGCAGCAAGUGAGACUCAACUAGACGUCGCACAGCUUCAGGCACUUCAGAAUGCUCUUGCCACAAGUGAUCCCAGCUCUUUCUUGGGUAGCCAGUUCCUGCCCUACUUUCUACCUGGAUUUCAGAACUGCUUUUCUCCCCAGCUUCCUACAGGGGUCCAAGCUGGUGGCUACUUCCCACCUAUGUGCGGAAUGGAGAACCUGUUUCCAUAUGGCCCAGGAGCAGUCCCACAAGCUGCCAUGGCCGCUGGUCUCUCCACGACCGCUCUCCUGCAGCAGUACCAGCAGUAUCAGCAGUCCCUCCAGGAUUCCCUGCAGAAGCAACAGCAGCAGCAGCAGAAACAGAUUGAGCAGCAUCAGAAACAACAACUGAAGCUACAGAAACUACAUUCUGUGAAGACACCCCAGAGCAUACAGAGCACCACCAACUCCCUCAAACCAAAAGAAGCUAUAAAGGCUAAGGAUAACACCAAUAAAGGCUCUUCAAAAGAAAGCACAAAAGAAGAACCGAAAACAGAUACCAAAAGUACCAUAGAUUUUCCAGACGCUUUUAUUGUACCGUCCGUCAAGCAUGAGUUUAUAUGCAGGAAGUGCCAGAUGAUUUUUGCUGACGAAGAUUCUGUGGUGCGUCAUCAGAAGUCCUUCUGUUACUUAGGACAUCCUGUUACUGACCCGCAAGAGACAGUGCUUCGAAAGGCAGUGAGCAACUACACUUGUGUUGCCUGCAAUGUGGUUGUUAACGGGAAUGAAGCACUUGGCCAACACCUUCAGUCGAGCUUGCACAAAGAGAAAACAAUCAAACAAGCAAUGAGAAAUGCCAAAGAGCAUACUAGAUUAUUACCUCACUCUGUCUGCUCCCCUCCUCCUAACACCACAUCUACCUCGCAGUCUGCAGCUUCUUCUAAUAACACCUUUCCACAUCUCUCUCACUUGUCCAUGAAGUCCUGGCCAAAUGUCCUGUUCCAGGCCACCUCAGCCCGGAAAGCUGCUUCCUCCUCCCCGUCUGCCUCUCCUCCUCCCCCCCUCUCCUCACCUUCAACGGUUACCUCAACUUCCUGCAGCACCUCAGGGGUUCCAACCUCACUACCCACCGAGAGUUGUUCAGAUGAGUCUGACAAUGAGCUAAGCCAGAAGCUGGAAGACUUAGAUAACGCGUUGGAAGUCAAGGCUAAGUCGGCCUCUGGCCUAGACGCGAGCUUCAGUAGUAUCAGAAUGGAUAUGUUCAGUGUGUAGGAGUGGCAAAAGGAUCCCUUGCUAAAAGAAAAAAAAAGAAAAAAAAUAAGACUUUUUAAACUGCAGUUCCAAAGUUUCUCUUAACCCAAAAAAUUACAGUACCAAAUGAUUGACUCAGGAUUGUUUUUCCCAUAUUGAUAUGCUGGCAAGAUAUUGAUUGAUUUUUGUUAUGGACAGAACUGUUGCAGAUGCUUGACUGAGCUUAUAUUGUAUACAAAAACAUGGAGUAGGAAAAAAUCCCACAGGCUCCCUUGGGGGGGCUUGUUUCAAGCCAAAAACUCUCACGAUAGCAAAUUGCACCUCAGCUGGAUUGUUUUCCAAAUGCUAGCAUGUACUGUAUGGGAUGACGAUCCAGAACCCUCAAAGAGAAUCUCUCUUAGUUUAGAUAGGUGUAAUUCAGUAGCUUUAAAUUCUCAGGUCAGAACAUAACAUUUCUCAUUUGUUAAAGCAGCAACAAGCCUGGGUACACUUGGCUUAUAACCAAAACAUGUCAAGCUUUAUCGGACGCAUUUCCUUGAUGUGUAUAGAGUACCAAGAGACAAUAUUACUGUUACAGUGGACGAUGUGCAUAUCCUUUUAGUUUUGCCCUAUAAAGACAGUAUGGUUUUGCCACUGAGGGAAUUUAGAAUGGUGAAGUAAAUGUGUAUGAUGCCCCUGUGUUUGCCAGUUUGUAUUACAACAAGCUGUAUCUAUUUCCCGCCCCCUUUUUUUCUUGUAGUAUAUACUAAUCUGUGCCAACUCUUACCUUCUCACUUUGACCUCCGCUUACACCCUUUUCUGAAGAGGUAAUAACUCUAGUUUUGAUAGACUCUCUCGGAUUAUGUGAAUAUAACAUUUUUCAUUUGUGAAUUGCUGUACUGUUACGGUACCUGCUUGUGUCUGGACUAUAGUGCACUUAUUUUUUUUUUAUUUGUCUUUCUUUUUUUUUGAGUAGGCCAUUUGUUAAUUUAAUAGGUUUUUGUUUGUUUGUAUGUAUGUUUGUGUUUAAUUAUUAUUUGUGUUUAUUGCAGCAGCAUAUUGGUCCAUAUUUGUUACAGGAUUGAUGCCUAACAAUCUAUAGACCUAUUUAACAAUUGGUGCAUCCAUGAAAGCAGUACUGUAUACUUGAAACUGUUAAGGUACAAGUUGGUCACAAUGUUAAAAAAAAGGUAUGAUUAUUUACGUUUGCAAUUAUGCUGCUUUAAAAGGGGGACAACAGCAUUUUUGUUGUAUAUUAAAAACAUUUUUCAUGUACUUGUAGGACUAAAAACAGUGUUACACCUAAACGCAGCCAUUUACUGCAUAGGUUGACGUCCUCCCAUCAAUUCUCCGGGCACUUCUGAUGAUCUACAGAUAAAGUCGACAUUUUAAUUUUUAAAUGAUUUCAACAUUGCAAAGUAUUACCUUACAAAGUUUUGCUGCUACUGUGUAAUGUUAUUUUGCUUGCCAUAAAUUCUCUCAACUUUCUACCAGACAAAAUACUGAUCCAUUAAUUGCUUUGCUUUGCUAUUUUUUAUUUGAUAUUAUUUUGUUAUUUUGCUGUGGAACUAAGAAUGUGAAAGCUGUCAAAGGGUGUUCAAUUUUUUACGAAUCACUUUCUAGUUUGGUAAUUGAAACCAAUGUGAUUCAUUCCAAAGUAACAGAAGGCUAUUUGUAUGAAAGACGAAGACUUGUGAACAAAGAAAGCUAAGCUGUUGUACAUAUUCGUAGUUGGCUGUGCAUGGUACAAAUUUAUUAAUAUGAAGAAAUGCAAAAAUGUAUUGCUUUUGGUAUUUCCUAUUCUGAGAUGAGCAAGUAGCAUGUAAUGCAACUGUUUGACAGGUUAAAUCAAAUCAUGCUUAGUUAUUGUUUCAAACAAUGAAAUCCAGUAACAUUUCCUCUUCUGUUUUAUUAUUGUAAAGGUGUUUUUUUUUUCUUCAAAGUUUUAAAGCAAAAUGUCAGUUUUCAUUUUCUGCGUGAGCUUUUUAAUUGUCAUUAUUUGGAUUUUUAGUAUUUUAACAUUUACUUUAAUCCUGAAGACACUUUUCGAUUGUGUUUCAUAAGAGACAUCCUGGCCUCCCAAGGUGCAAUUCUGCCAUUGUACAAACAUGAGCGACUGUCCUGAUUCCAAAGGCUUCACAACUCUGGCUUUUUGCCUCUCCCCACUCUGUGGCUCAGCAUUAUAAGACUGAACUGUCAGCUAGCAUCAUGUGCUAAGAUGUUAGCAUCAGACAGGACGCUUUCCACACCAAGGACUGGUAAAAGCUAACAAACCAACAAAGAGGAUGGUCCAACAAUAUAACUGUACAUAGAUAUUGCAACUGCACAGCAGCCAAAAAGAAAAAAAAAAGAACUUUUUAAAAAAAAUGGAUGGAUUGUGUCAUGUUUAUGAGGACAGCCUUCAAAAGGCUGAAAUUGGAAUUGUUCUUCUGGAUGUCAAAGGGAUUUUCAUGGCGCAAUCAUAUCCUACACAAUAUGUACUCUUCAACAUCUGGGUUACAUAGGAAAUGCACCCUGAGGUUUUAAUAAGAAGAAGCCCCUAUGGCUAAAACUUUAAAUAAACUAAACCAAAAAUGUUAUUGAUGUUUUAUAUAUAGAGAGUAGUCGCAUUAGUUUUUGUUACUGUACUGUUUGAGGUCUCAACUGUACCGUAUCACGGUAAUAACAUGGUUUUGAAACCUUUUUUUUAUUUUGUCACAGACCUGUUGUCAUAGUUGAAAUGACGUUUAUUGUAGAUGGUAUUUGAACAACUUCUGGAAAUAGUUCAUCAAGUAUGUUUGUUGCUCAUUGUUGUGAUACAUUAAAAACUGUAUCUGCAAACCAA